CGCCGGAAGUCUCAGUUAUUACCGCGAAGCUGAUCAGCCGGCGGGUCGCAGAACUGACGGGAUCUGAAACCGUGGCUGAGGGGUGGGGGUGGGUCGCUGGAAACUUCCAGACCUUCAAGACACUUGGACCGGAAGACUCACCUGCCGCCCCAUUUCGAUUGGUGGUUAGUGUGAAACUCUCGUUCGUGAUUGGUCAACCCCGCUGUCAGUUAGCAUCACCAGACCGGAAGUGGUUGUGACGGCAACGGCGAGCGUCGGCUGUGGUCAGUUGCUGCUCGAUUGUGAGUCCGUAUUUCCAGAGUUCACUAAACUGCAGCACUAACUUAUUUCUCUUGAGGGUUGUGUUUUUCAAAAAUUCAUUACUGUUAAUGCUGGAUCCCUCUAUUGAGAGAGAGCGCUCACUUUGGUAUACUUCCUGAAAUUUCAGACUGUAUUUCUGUAGCGCCUUUAAUACGACAGAAUGUCCCGAGUCGUAUCCUCAGUUGUCUGGACACGUAACAUCCCGAAAGUUAUCCCGCACAAGACAUCUCUUUUAAAAUUACUGAGCUCAAAUUGUUUAAAGGAUCUGUGUAUUUAAACGAAUCGCCCGCAUGCUCCAAAUGUAAAAUGUGAAGGUAUGCGUGGCUAUAUUUCAUGAACAACUUCAGGGACUUUACAUCAAGGGAGAAACUGAAGAACCAAAGGAGCUGAUAGGAUAAGAGACUAAAGCUUAUUCAAAAAAGAAAUGGAAGUUCAACAGCAUGAGAAACUCUCUCAGCUGGUUGAGGAUCUCACCACAUCUGGACAACAAGUGUUAAACCCAGACAAGAUGAAGGAACUAAAGAAAAUCUGCAAGUUGUCUGAGGAUUACAUCAAUCAAGUGUAUCACUUAAUCAUGACACAGUUAAACCAAGAGCAUGCAGAGAUCCGCCUGUCUGCUUUCCAAAUAGCAAAUGAGCUAUUUGUGCGUUCACAUCACUUUCGGACGUUGCUUGUUUCAAACUUUCAGGAAUUUUUGGAGUUAACAGUGGAAUCAAAUUUUGAGCAACCUUUACCUCCACCAAAAGAAAUAGCUCAAACAUUGAAGGAAAUGGCAAUUAAAUCUGUCGAGGAUUGGCACGGGAAAUAUGGAGAAGCUUACAAGAAACUUUCUCUGGGUUAUCAUUUUCUAAAGCAAGUUAAGAAGGUGGAUUUCCAAGACGUUCGGGCAAGAACGCAAGCUGAGAGGAAACGAGAGGAAGAGAGAUUGAAAAGACUGGACAAUAUCAAUAGAACAAAAGUAAACAGAGUGGAACAGGAAAUGGAAGAAACAUCGGAAGAAAUUCAAAAUUCUUUGAUUGAGCUGGAGGCAUGCUUCAGAUUGCUGAUACCUGAUUUUUCUGAGUUCACCUUCAAUGAUGUCAACUCUCAGCAUACACAAGUACCAGCUGACAACACCAAUAAUGCAAUGUGCACAACCAGUGGGCAGAAUGACAACUACCUACACUCCACAGAUCUGUUUGAUGAUGAACAGCCAUGCAGCAGUAAGGACCUUGUGCCACUGCCUCUAAUAAAUAGAGGACAAGAAAUGUGGAAAUCGGAUGGUUUGCAUCAAAGUGAGGACAGUGAGGAUGAAGAACUUGAACACAGCAGUGAUGUAUUUGUUAGAAAUCAUGGCCUUCUUUCACACAAAUAUUCUAUUAACUUGGAAAUUCAGAAAGACUUAAAGAUCAAAGAGGAUGAAGAUAACAGCGCUGUGAUUACCAACAUAAAGGACCUCCAUAGACUUGUCACUAUUAAAUACCUACCAACUGUCCAGAACUGGAUCCAGACAUUCACCAAAGUUGGUAUUAGUGAUACUCGCCUAAAACGUGCCAUUGACUUAAAAAAUGAGAUUGAUGCAGCUCUAAAGAAACAUGAAGAAAUGGGCAUUAGUUAUGAGGAGCGGAAAGUGAUGAAAGGGACCGAUGAGGAAGAUGAUGACGAUGACGAUGAUUUUGUUGAAGUUCCAGAGAAGGAAGGUUAUGAGCCGCACAUUCUGGAGCACCUUCGGGAGGAGUAUGGACUGGAGCCACUGACAAACACUAAGGAAACGGUGAAGAGAGUAAUGCCAUUGUCUGGCCCCACAUGCCCACGGAGGAAUGAUGAGGAAUCUGAUCCAACAAGUGCCGCAGCAACGCUGAAGAUCUUGAAGACAAAGCUGGCCUCGCAGAUGCAUAGCCUGCCUGGAACUUCGAAUGGAACAGACAUACAGGCAUCUACAUCAAGACCUGAAUUAUGCAAUGAUCAUGACAAAAAACGGAAAAGGGAAGAAGAGAUGAAGAAAGCUCCUGUGAGGUCUUUUGGGAUUGACCUUUACUAUUGGGGAAAAGAGGAGUCAACAACUGGCAGAAUUCUCAAAAUUGAUACUCCCCAUCGAUUUUGGGCAUCCAGCUCAGAACUGGGUGAAGAGUUGGAGAAUAAGGAGUUAUCUACACUGCAAACCAGAUACAUAACCUUUGCAGGAAAGUUUGAACCUGUAAAUCACAAAUGUCGAGCACCUAUGCCCAACGGAAGAUUUUGUGAACGCCAGGAUCGGUUCAAGUGCCCUUUUCAUGGAAAGAUUAUCCCGAGAGAUGAGCAAGGAAAUCCUGUGAAUCCAGAAGAUAUCCAAAGACUGAAGCAAGAAGAACAGCAGAAACAGAAAGCGAAAGCUGACUGGCAGGAUCCAGAGUUGAUGCGUGAAAUUGAAGCUGCUACAGGUGUAGAUCUUGGUUCUUCAAAAUAUGACAGAAAAGAUAAAAAGGGAAAAGGAAAGAAGAAAAAGUAUCCAAAUCUCACCGAUUUGAAACAGCAGAGCAAUACAUCUCGAUCAAGGUUGGAGAAACGAGUAUUAAACAAAUGAUACCAGGCCAGUUGAGUUUCUCUUAAAACUCCUUUUGUUCCAGUUAUAUGUAUAUCUUUUUGAUGGAUUUCACUGCUUAUUCUGGCAAGCACAAAAACUUGCUUACCUGUACCCGUACUUGUCUCUGUUUUGCACCCCCUUUAGAAAUGUCUUAUUUAGUUCUUAUUUCUCAUUUUUCCUACUAAAUUAAUCUUUUCACAUUUAUUUUAAUUUUAUGUAACUACUCGAUAUCUUUGUCUUUGCUCGCCUGAAGACUAUUAUGUUUCUUAUUAUUUAUUUUAUAUGAUUUAAUUAUUUCAAAGUUUAUAAUAUAUGAAUUAUAGUUUGUGUAAGAACUGAGGGAAUGCUGUAUAGUUCAAAUUGCUGUGAGGGUUAAAUGAAAUUUGAAAAGGGUGCCAUUUGCAAAAGGGGCAAUGAGAUUCUUAUCAUUGUUUAUCACCAUACACAGGUCAACCAUUCAGUUAUAUCAGUUGCUUCACAACUUCCUAUUAUAAUUUAAUCGCUUCAGACCCAAACCCCACACAAAAAAGGUACAUAUAAAUAAAAUAAAAUGCAACAUUUUCAUGUUCUGAUCCAAAUUUAAGUUCUGCAGUGCCUAAAGAGUUAACUGAUCUUCCAGCCUUUUUUUAACCACGAGAAAAGAAAAAGCUUGAAUUUUUCAAGUAAUAAAAUCCUGCUGUUCCUGUCAAUAGAAUUUAGUGUGUGGUUGCACAGGUCUGAGAUGGAUAUCAUUUCAUUUACAGCACCACACAGUGCAGUGAUGCUGAUGCCAGACUUAACAUUACACACCAGGACAUGUCAAGGCCACUGAAUUAGUGCUAAAGACUCCUCUUAAGAAUUAGAUAUUUGGGCUGCAGCUCUGCAGUUUCCUAAUUUCACAGGUCUUGGAGAUAGAAAUGAUACUGUUAAAUGUACACAGUGGCCUGGUGUGCUUUUAUUAACAGAAUGUAUUUUCAAGGUAUUACAUAGCUUAAAGUAUUGAUCUCUUCUGUAACUGCUGCAGGGGAAAUCAGUGCUCAGACACUCUUAUUUGAGUUAUUACAAUUUUUAUUAAAUUCAAGCUUUUCCGUUUAGGCAUUUAUUGUACCAUUCUGUUCAAACCAAUCAUUCCUAAUGAAUCAGAGCUACAAUACUAAUGUUUUCAGUUGCUGUAGAUCAGUUCAAGGGAAUAGGUGUGAAUUUUUUUUUUAAAUCUCAUUAAAGAAAGACAGUUGAUUAAAACCAAAUUCAUUGUUGCAGUUUGCAUGAAAUCCUUAAAUCUUUUAAGUACUAGUUGCUCCUUUUAAAGUCAGAAAUGGAUGGUUCCUGACAUUUAUUAAGCAAAUAUCACUUAAUUCACAACUGCACGGAAAUGGUAAAUAAAAAUUGUAGAAGCAAGGCAGGAAGAUGAAUUUCAAGGACUCUUAAAAAGAAUACUGAACAUUUGAAGGAUGAGCUUCACCACAGGUGACUAACAGAACAUCUCCAGAAAGUGUGUAAAGCAUACUGCUCUCCAUAAACACUGUAGGCACAGUGUGCAAAUUUUGGUAAGUGGUUUUGAAUGGGAAGAGUGUGAGAGGGACUAAAGCUAAUUGAUGAAGAUGUAAAAGUAGUCAUUUUGUUUGUUAAUUUUUGGGAUCAACAAACAAUUGUGCAAAGAUUUUCAUUAGGUCAUUAAGUAGGUCUGCAAUAGACCUCGUGAAAGGAACAGGUUAUGAAAUUGAUUUUCAUUAAUUAAGUUUUAUUUUAAAUGCAAGGGAAAUUCACCAUUUUAGCUCCACUACAAUUCUGGCAAACCUGCAGUGAGUCUGCACUGCAUUCGCUCAUGACCAAUAUCCUCCCUUGGGUGCGAUGUUCAAAACUGAACACAGUUCUCUAAAUAGGAUGCAACCAGACCUUUAUAGAUCAUGCAAUUGUCAAAUUUCUUUUGUGGCUUGGUCAAUUCAAAAUUUCAACUGAGAUUAAUAGAUUUUGUUUAGGCAGGUAUACUAAAGAUCCUGAAGCCAAGGCAAAUAGAUGGAGUUGAGGUUCAGAAGCCAUGAUAUAUCACAAGUGUUAUGGCAUAAAAGGAGGUUAUUCAAGCUAUCAAGCCAACUCUCUACAAGAGCAAUUUAUCUAGUUACACUCCUUCUAUUUCCCAUUUGUUUCCCAUUAGGUACUUGCUUAGUUCCCUCUUUAAAGCCACUGUUGAGUACACCUGCAGCAUCUUGCAGGCAGUGCAUUCUAGUUCGUAGUACAUGUUGACUUUUAAGAAAUAAAUUUUUGCUUACAUUUCCAAUGGUUCUUUUGCCAAUCACUGUAAAUGACCUUUCUCUUCUUUUUGACACCUUUGCCAAUGGAAACUGUUUCUUUGGUUACUCUGUCAGGAGAGCUGAUGAUUUCGAAUAUCUCAGUCAAAUGUCCUGUCAACCUCUCCCUCUAAGAACAUUUUCCAACCUAUUUGAAGUCCGAAAUUCCUGGAACAAUUCUGCACUUUCUUCUAAAACGUUCCUGUCCUUUCUAACCUGCAGUGUAUGUUUAGAUUCAGCACAAGUCACUAUGUUAUGAAGAUUUAUAAUAGCUUCCUUUUUGUACACUCUGCCUCUGUUUUUAAAGUGCAGAAGACCAUAUGCCUUUUUACCUAUUUCUCAAGCUGCUGUGCUGUCUUCAGCAGUUUGUGCAAAUUUAUCUGUGUUCUACCCAUCCUUUAGAAUUGUUUCUACAUCUUGCAAAAUCAUUAAUGUUGUGAUUUACCUGUAGUUUGAUUCAGUGCCUCAGUUAGUUUGCUGUUCAUGACUCAGAUUGGCUUCAGAGCCCCAAUUGAGCUUCGUGGCAUUUCCAUUUUUGCUGUAGAUGCUACCUGACACACUGAAUAUUUCCAGUAUUUUUUUGUUUCUGCUUCAGAUCUUAAACAUGAGUUUGUUUUUCUGUACCAUUCAUUAUUUGGUUGUUAAGGGUUGGACCGAAGGAUCUGUUUCCAUGCUGUACAUCUCUAUGACUCUAAGUGAAGGUACAAGAAUGUGCUGUGCUAAUGGAUUGUUAAUUUCCUUUGUUUUGAACUGAGUUGUUUGUCAAUAAUAAGCUAAAUUAAUAUCACUAUAUAUCUAUCUUUAUCUUGUCAUAUUGUGAUUGAAAUCUUGUGCAUUGAUACAAAUUAUUUUGUUAGCUGCAUAGGAGGAUAAUCAGUGGAGUUUAAAAAAACAGAUAUGUUCGAAAAAUUUAAAGGAAAGUGGAAAACCUUUAUUGGCCAUUGUCAUUCAUUGACCUUGUGUAAAUAAAACCAUUUGUUGACUCAAUACCUGUGUCUCAAACUCAUGUUUUAGACGGACAACUCUUGUUUGACCAUGUGAUAAUCCCUGUAACCAGUGAACAAAAUGAGAGUUCUCUAUUGGAAUCCUUGGGUCUCACUAUCAUUUACCAUAAUAUGUAAGAAAUGAGCAGAGUGGAUCAUUGAGACUAUCCAUGCCUAUUGCCUUGCUUCAGUAGUUCCAUUAUUCUGUCUUUAGAAGUCAAACAUCAGUCUUUUUAGGGUAAAUUCAACUUUGAUAGAGCCCCACAAGUGGCCUCCUUAGGGAUUAGUGUAAUUUGGCAUUUCUUAGUUGGCAUAGAUAUGGUGGACUGAAGGGCCUGUUUCUAUGCUGUUUGAUUCUAUGAUCUCUUUGGGGAGGGAGUGGUAAUGUCACUGGGCUAGUAAUGUAGAACCUCAGGUUAAUGUUUUCGGAACAUGGAUUCAAAUCCCACCAUAGCAGAUGGUGAAAUUUAAAUUCAGUGAAAGUCUGAAUAAAAAGCUAGCUAGCUGUGAUUUUUCAAUUGUUAGAGUCAUAGAGAUGUACAGCAUGGAAACAGACCCUUCGGUCCAACCUGUCCAUGCCGACCAGAUAUCCCA